AUGUACGUCGGGAACGCGUCGCUGUUCGGACUGCUCGCGGCGCGGUGGAUCGAGAGCGGACACUUUCCGCUGAGUAAUAUGUACGAGUCGCUGUUGUUUCUGGCGUGGGGGAUCACGGCGGUGCACCUGGUGGUGACGGAGCGCGACGGGUUCUCGGAGAGCGCGAUUCCGGGGGCGCUCGCGGGACCGACGGCGGCGCUCACGGUGGCCGGGGCGACGUUAGCGCUGCCGGCGGAGCUGCAGCGCGCCACCGCGCUCGUGCCGGCGUUGAAGAGUAAUUGGUUGAUGAUGCACGUGAGCGUGAUGAUGCUGAGUUACGCCACGUUACUCGUCGGUUCGUUGUCGUGCGUGUCGUAUUUAGUCGUCGACGCGUCUCAGGAUUGGGCCGCGGCGAAGGGGGCGCUGGAGAAGCUCGAUAAGAUGGUGUCCAACGACGGCGAGCGCGUGAGAAAUAGGCCAAAAGUGAGCGUCGCCGCCGACGGCGAAACCGUGGCGGUGGAGACGAUGAACGCGAGCGAGGAUUACGGCGGCGAGCUCGCCAUCGAGGCGACGCGCGACGGCGAACGCAUCCUCACCGAGAUGGACAACUUGGCCUACCGUUGCUUGGGCGCCGGUUUCACUUUGCUCACCGCGGGUUUGGUUUCCGGCGCGGUGUGGGCCAACGAAGCCUGGGGUUCGUACUGGUCCUGGGAUCCGAAGGAGACGUGGGCGCUCAUCACCUGGCUCGUGUACGCCACGUAUUUGCACUCGCGUCUCGUCGCCGGUUGGAGUAAAAAGGACUCGUGCGCCGUCGGUGCCGCGGGCUUUUUGGUCGUUUGGGUGUGCUACGUCGGCGUCAACCUCUGGGGCGUCGGCUUACACUCGUACGGUUGGUUCGCCAACAAGUAA